AUGGGCUAUCCAAUAGUUUAUCCCUCUCUUGUCAAAGAGGGCGAGACUUACGAGCAAACCGUCGCUCACUUCCCAUACCGUGAUGACCAGCUCGACAAAGCAGUUCCAUUACCAAACUCCCAAAAACCGGGAUUCUCUCCGGUCUUCAGAAACAACGUCUCGAAAGAUGGCCUCUUUUCUGGUCUCCACAAGGAUGCCAACACCAUUUAUGAAGCAUUCCAACACGUCCUCACCCAUCAAGGAGAUAAUGACUUCCUUGGUCGUCGUGAAGUGCUUGAGUCUGGUAAACUUGGCGGGUACAAGUAUGAGACCUACAAGCAAAUUGGUGCCAAGCGUGAUUGUGUAGGUUCGGGGAUCCUCAAAUGUAUUGAAAAGUAUCCAGAAGUCGAUGCUGACAACUUCAUCGUGUCGCUUUAUUCCGGUAACACUUACGAAUGGAUGCUUACUGAUUUGGCUUCCCAUGCCUUCAAAUUCGCCAACACCACCCUUUAUGACUCUCUUGGGAAGGAAUCAUCGGCGUACAUUUUAUCACUCACUGAAUCACCAGUGAUUGUUCUCUCUAAGGCCAACAUCACUAAAGUUCUUGGACUUGAAGAUCUCAGCCAUCUUAAAGUGAUGAUUUCGAUGGACGAAUUCAAAGAUGAUAAAGAGCAAGCUACUUUAGUCCAACAGGCGGAAGCCCGCGGCAUCGAACUUCUUUCAUUUGAGCAGCUCGUAGAACUCGGGGCCAAAUACCCUGCAGAACACCGUCCACCAACCCGUGACGAUCUUCUCACGAUUUCUUUUACUUCUGGUACUUCAGGAAUGCCAAAGGGGGUGGAACUCUCCCACGAAGCUUUCAUCAGCGGGGUGGUUUUCUGUUUCUGCCAUGUUAAUUUCCCAGAAAAUGUUUGUUCCUUUUGCUUUUUACCACUCGCCCACGUUCUUGAAAGAUUCAAAGUGGCGUUUGAGAUCUGUGUUGGUGCGAGAAUUGCCCUUCCUCAUAACCCUAGCGAUGUCAGAACUUUCUUGGAUGAUAUUAAGGAGCUUGGAAUUUCGUCGCAUUUAUGUACCGUUCCACGGGUGUAUUCCAAGAUUGAACAAGGGCUCCGUUCACGUUUUGCCUCACUUACCGGGAUUCAAGGAAUGUUGGUCCGCAAUGUCAUUGCUUUUAAAGGAUGGUAUGAUUACUCGUGGGGGGCCAACGGUAAAGGUUUGUUGAACAAAGUGAUCGACAAAGUUUUCCUCUCUAAAAUUAGGUCGCAACUUGGUUUUGCUCAGCUUGAUUUUUUGAUCAGUGGUGGGGCCCCAAUCAAUGCUUCUGCCAUUGAAUUCCUUCGUUCGGCGUUUGGUUGUGGGUUUUAUUCUGGGUACGGUCUUAGUGAGACGUUUGCUGCGGUUUGCUUAUCAAGCAAGUAUGAAACCAACCUUCGGUGUGUGGGGCCGGUCGGAGUGACUUGCGAGCUCCGUCUUCGUGAUGUUCCAGAUCUUGAUUACACUUGGGACGCCAACCGUAGUGGGGAAGUGAUGUUUAGAGGGCCUCAAGUGUUCACCAAGUACUUUAAGGAUGAGCAAAAGACCAAGGACGCUUUUGACGAAGAAGGAUGGUUCUAUACCGGGGACGUUGGACGUCUUGAUAAGGAUGGGAAGUUGGAGGUGAUUGACCGUGUCAAGAAUUUCUUCAAAUUGUCUCAAGGGGAAUACAUUGCGGUGGAGAAGAUUGAGAACAUUUAUCUUUCGAAUUGUGAAUUUAUGGAGCAGAUUUUCAUUUAUGGGGACUCACUUGAAGACCAUCUUGUGGGGAUUGUUGGGGUUACCCCGGAAUCGGUGUUGAAGUAUGCCAAACUGUGCAACGGCGCUGAUGUUCCAGAGCUUGGAUCGGCGGACGAGGUGGUGAAAAAGCUUGAGUCGAACGAUGUUGAGUUGCGGACGUGGCUUCUCAAAGAGUCGCAAAAGAACAUUGCGAAAUCAGGGUUGUUUGGGUUUGAAAAGUUCAAGAACGCGUACUUUUCAGUUGAUCCAUUGACGAUUGAGAAUAAUUGCAUGACCCCAACGAUGAAGUUGAAGCGUCCGAUUGCCAAAAAGGUUUACCAAGCGGAGAUUCGCCAGUUGUAUGCCGAGGGUAAUCUUUAG